AUGACUGAUAUUAUGUCAUUUUUGAAAGAAAUAAAUGGUCGUGUUAAGGGGGUUGAAAAGCGACUGGAUUCGCUUGAUGUUUUCGAGAAGCGUGUAGGCAGUUUUGAGAAAGAGGUAACAAAAAUAUGGAAUUUUGUGCAAGAUCAAGCUAAGGGGGUCGGAGAGAGAGUGGUGCUGAUUGAGGACAAAAUGGAGAGUGUGGACUUAAACCUUGGAAUUGCUGUGGAACGUAUACAAUCACUGGAGAAACAACAAAUCGUUCUUAAAGAUGAGUUGUGCUAUAUUCAGUCACAGUCAAUGAGAAACAAUCUUAUUUUUGGAAACAUUCCGGAGUCCCCGACCGGGGAAAUACCAGAAAACUGUGAAGAGAUUGUAAAGAACUUUAUAAGGGAAAAGCUGAAGAUAGCGAGUAAUCUUGUGGAAAAGUUAUCAUUCGAGAGGGUUCACAGAAUGGGUCAAAGGGAAGCUGGAAGAAACCAGAAAAUAGUGGCAAAAUUUUCGUUGUACAAGGAAAGGGAGCUAGUUAGAAGGGAGUGGAAGGUCUUAGAUGGCACAGGAUACUUUAUUCAUGAGCAGUUCCCAAAGGAAGUCAUUGAGAAGAGGAAAAUGCUAGUUCCAAAGUUAAUAGAGGCCAAGAAAGAAGGGAAGCUAGCUUGGAUUUCGUUUGACACUUUAUAUAUUGAUGGUAAGCCACAGCGGAAGACGAGGGGCGACCGGAAGUAG